AUGAAACUCAGCGCCAUCCCUUGGACUGGCUUGCCUAUAUAUGUCGUCUGCUUUGAUGACUGCCCGCACCAUUCAUCGUCAUCAUUUUCACUCACACACAUCGCAUUCCCAAGCCUUCUGCAGCCAGACGUCCCACACCUCCCAGCAUCAUCCGCAUCUGCCACCACAAUGUCCACCCCAGCCCAGAUCAGCAUCUUCCCUGCCUCCUCGGCAAGCGCUUCUCGCCUCGCCCAGCUUCUGCAGGACAGGCACCCGGACAUCCGCGUGCGCCUUGCUGCCCGCUCGCCUGCCAAGCUCCAAGCUAGCGGCUCCAACGUCUCCAUCGCUCAGUCCUCGCUCAACGUCUCCGAUCCCGCUUCCAUCAAGGAUGCUCUCGACGGAAGUGACGCUGCCUACAUCAUGAAUCCUCCCUUUUACACCGAGCAAGAUCCCGCUGCCCUCUCCAAGACUUUCAUCGACAACAUCGUCGCUGCCGCAAACGCAAGCUCCACGCUCAAGAGAAUCGUCUUCCUCUCGUCCAUCGGUGCCGAAAAGACCUCGGGCACCGGCCCCAUCAACAACGUUCACAUCGCAGAGACCGGCCUCCUCGCCGACCUCCGUGACGGCGUAGAAGCCAUUGCGCUCCGCCCGCCCUACUUCCUCUCCAACUUCAAGUCGGUGCUCCCGCUCGCCAUCAGCCCUCCCCACAUCCUUCCCUCCAUGCUGCUCCCCUUCGACAAGCCUUAUGCACUCAUCGACUCCUCCGCUAUCGCCGAAAAGGCUCUCAAGUAUCUCGUCGCUCCGCCCUCAUCGGCAGCUGAUGCUGCUGGCAAGAACCACAUCACCGUCGCCCAGCUCGUCACUGCCCCCAAGACUAUUCCCGAGAUUGCACAGAUCGUCGCCGAGAUCACAGGUACGCCUGUCACCGCCGUUCCGGUCCCCGAAGACCAGUGGCUUCCCACCUUCCAGAAGGCAGGCAUGCCGGACAAGCUAGCUUCUGCCUUCUAUGAUCUCACAAAGGCAACCAACACCGGCUACGUCGGUUACCUCGAUCAGCCUCAGAUCGACGCCGAGGCACAACGCGGAGUCACCGUCAUCACCGAGCACACCGACGUCGACACCAAAGCGGCUCUCGAACGCCUCAUUGAACAAGUUAAGAGCGCAUGA